AUGCAGAUACAAAAUCAGCUCUGGUCAUCCGUCAUCGCCAGCCAAGAGUUCAGAAACCAUCACUUGAAUAUUGCUUCUUCCUCACCUACUCCUCGUCUCCUCAUUGCUUUUGAAGACUUUUACGGAGCGAAGCUUCCAGUAGUCUCGAUACCUAACCCAAACGUAGUACUUUCCUUUUCUUCUUACAAAGAUCUGAGUAUGGUAAACAUUAAAGGGAAGAUUGUGUAUAACGCAGGUCGUGGCUUGAUCUGCGUUGGAGCCGGUUUUGAAAACGUGGGGAUUUGUAACCCCAGCACGAGGCAGGUGCAUAACUUGCCCGAUUUCAAAUUCAAACAAACUCAAAUAGUUUGUCCACGCCCCAUGUACAUUUUUGGGUAUGAUCCUGUUGGAGAUCAAUACAAAGUGCUUGCUCUUGAUGACUUGCCUUGGAGAUUGGAGCACAAGAUUGUGGUAUUGGGAGGAGAAGAGACUUGGAGAGAGUCUCCUUGUGUAGCAUGUCCUCACGUUGUUUGUACAAAGGGGUUGUACAUGAACGGAACAGUAUACUACGGGGCAUUUAUGAAGGACAUCGACUCUCCGUAUAUUUCUAUAAUUGUGAGAUUUGAUGUUAGGUUUGAAACGUUCAACAUCUUCAAAGUACCAAGCAAACUUGUACCAGUGGGUUAUGAGUUUAUGUGGAAAGAGAGAGGGUGGUCUCCCACAGACAAAACUCUAUUUGAAUCUCUGAUAAACUACGGUGGGAAAAUUGGUGUGGUCGAGAGUCCUCGUGUGUGUGGUUUUCGAUUGUGGGUUGGGGAAGAUGCUGAGAAAGAGGAAUGGUCGAUGAGUACUCUUCAUUUGCCUGAAUCUUAUGUUGGCGUUGACUUUGAGAUCAUGGAUACUUUUUCUAGCGGCGAAGUUUGUUUGGUUUCAAAAGAAUGGUCUGAUCCGUUCCGUCUUUUCUAUUACAAUUUGGAGAAGAAAAGCAUGAGAAGUGUCGCAAUCGAAGGACUACCUAUUUCUGACUUUAAGAAAAUCCAAGCCCUUUCUGUGACGGUUUCGUUUCAUUAUGAGAGUCUCUUGUCCUUAUAA